AUGCUGAAUUUAUACACGGCUGCUUACGAAGGAAAACUGUUUGUUGUACAGCAACUUUUAGAAAAUGAACCCACUGCUAUUGAAAGUAAAGAUGAGGAUGAACGCAACGCGUUGCAUUGGGCGGCCAUGGGCGGACGUCUCGAUGUUGUGGAAUAUCUGCUAAAUGAAGGAGCCAACGUAAAUGCGGCGGACGAUCUUCGUCUGGACAUGGUAAUGUCGUACAAUGUCUACUUGAACACGGCGCUGAUCCGAGUGUCCAAAAUGAAAGUGGACAAACCGCAUUGUGCGCACUACGCCGCAUCCAAAGGCAACGUUGAGGUUUGUCGACUGUUGCUAGAACACAAGGCGGCGGUGAAUGCGAUCAAUAAGAUAAAGCAAACACCAUUACAUCGGGCGGCUGCACAAGGUUCCACUCCUCUUGUCAACGCUUUGCUGCAUGCAAAGGCACGUCUGAAUCCGAAAGACUUUGAAGGGAACACGCCCUUACAUCUUGCUUGUGAAGAAGGUCAUGGUGAUACCGCUGCGGUUUUGUUACAAAAUGGAGCGGAUGUGGAUGCGUUGAACCUCGAGGGUAAAUCGUCCUUGGAUCUGACCACGGCACCUUUGCGAUCGUUUUUGAACCGAUAUAUUGAAGAGUGA